UAUUUUUAACAGCGUAUUUUUUUAUUAAUUGAAUCAUUAAUAAUUAAUUAGUACUUCGUGUAGUUAAUGCGUGCGUUUUUGACAAUUUACCUUACUAGAAAAUGUCCAUUUCUGAUAGCGUCACAGACAACGUGGUUGAUGGAAAUAUAAUAGUAUUUUAUAAGUUAGGUUAUUGCAUUGUUCGUUGUUGUUAUAUACGAUGCAAGUAUACUAAACUACUCAAUUCUGAACCGUUGUAAGCUGACAAUGAAACAGUUGUGGAUAAAUGGAGAGAACACGGGCAAUUAAAAACAAAAACCCUUCUAAAAAUAUAUGUAGGAAAUGGACAGUGAAGUGUUUUUCUCAGGUUUCCCUGUAUCUCAUUAUUGGAGGAAAACAGUACCUACGGACCUUUUUCUAACACGUCAUUGUCGAUUUCUCGGUCAUUGCAGGUCAGCAUCCGUGAAGAUGCCCACUUAUGACAUAACAAUUACAGAUGAAUAUUCGAUGUGUUAAACGUCGGUCAUGGCCGCACUGUUCUUCCUCGGCCGGUUUUUUUCUGGUUUCUUACCUAUUAUUCCACAAAAUGUUAUUGAAAUCGUAAGUUUAAGAAAAACGAAUGUCACACAACGGCUAAACGAGAUAGCGCACUCGGUUAUUUUUUUCAUAGUCUUUGUCAUUAAUGAAUAUGCUCCAAACGAUUGUUUACUACACAGCCCGAGGUGUCCCGACGUGUGCAACAUAAUAAUAAUAUGUUGUUAUGUUGUUUAGUUUAGUUGGUAACACGUUAUUCACCGGUCAAAAUAUUUCACUCGCAGGCCUAUGGUCUCGAACUCUUGAACCCUUGUCUUAUGAAGUCACAAAGAACUGGUUUGUUCGCAGUUCACGGUAUCCUGGGUGUAAAAUAAUAUGUUGGUACUUUGGUAGUUGGUAACACGUUACCCACGAGUCAAAGUAUUUAAAAAAUGCAGGCCUAGUCGGUAAUCCUAAACCCGUCUUAUUCAGUGUUAAACUGCAGUGGAGCGUCAUACGUCAUAAACACGACGGACGCAGAUAAUUGAAUGCAGUUGCAUUCUAAUAUUAUGUAUGUGCUGGUAUGAAGUGUCAGUCCGUGACCAUUCAACAAUUAUACCAUUCCUCAAAAGUCAAUAUAUAUACACCAUCCUGCAAAAGUGCACAUAAUCACUAAUUGUAUUACUGCUUUUAGUUGUAUAGCGAUACACGGAGACAUGUGUGGCUGCGGAAGUAGUACCGAAGAAAGGGAUAGUACUUAUGGCGAUAGCAGUUACCCCCCUCGCAAACGUCUUCACGAAAAUUGCUCAGACUGCAAACAUUUUUGCGAACCCGACACCAACACUCGCCGCGAGACUAGUAGAAGCGGCGGUGCUUAUUACGACAGUUAUUGGAGCGGAGGCGGUGGCGGUUAUUACGACGGUGACCGUCGCGACAGCGACGGAGGUUGCGAUUGUUUUGGUGGAGGAUGCGACGACGGAGGUAAAUACGGCGACGACGACAGAGAUGAAUACGGCGGCGGCGGCGGUGGAGAUGACGGCGGCGGAGGUUGCGACUGUUACGGCGGCGGAUGCGACGGUGGAGGUGACUACGGCGGCGACGGUGGAGGUGACUACGGCGGCGGCGGCGGCGAUGGCGGCGGUGACGGUGGAGGCGACUAGCUAGCGUUUUAAAACAACAGUUUUUUUCUUCAAAUAAUACACCAUCAUAGGUACAUAUACGAAUAUAUGCAGUAUAAUACCUUUGGUAUAUAA